UGUUCUUGAUAUUUUUGAACACUUCCUCAAUCAGGCUACUUCCUGAAUUUAUAUUGAAGUGCAUGUACAGGAUCCUUUGGGCGGUUAAGUACAGAGGACCAUAACGAAGUAACAAUGAAUGUUGACCAUGAAGUGAAACAGCUUGUCGAGGAGAUCCAUCGACUUGGUACAAAAAAUGCAGAUGGGCAACUCAGCGUGAAAUUUGGAGUACUCUUUGCUGACGAAAGGUGUGCAAACGUGUUUGAAGCACUUGUGGGAACUUUGAGGGCAGCAAAGCGGAGGAAGAUAAUUACAUACAAUGGGGAGCUGUUGUUACAAGGAGUCCAUGACAAUGUGGACAUUGUAUUAUUACAAGACUAAAGAUUUCUGCCAUACUUGUCUGAAAUGAUGCAGUGUUUGGUGUCUAUAAAUAAACAGGGCUUAAUUAAUUAGUUAAGUA